UCAGUCACAGACCACGAACAUGAAAGAGUAUCAUAAUUGAGGAUACAAGAGCCAACCAGAGCCUUGCCGUAUAUCCUCAGCCUAAGCACUAGAGCCUGCUGCUGAUAUGCAGGAUGGGGUGUAGAUGAUUGGAUGGAGGUAAUAAUGCAUGUGAAGACUAAGAAUGUCGGUGUCAAAACCUGGCCAUCAAAGCCUGGAUAAUGAAACCUGAAGCCUUGUCGUAACACGCAUCCUGUAGCCUUAACUGACAAACCCGGAUCAGGCUGAGCCGUAUAGGAUGUCCUACUAUAUUCGUAAGGCCAAAGGCCCCAAUAUGGAUAUCCAACAGCAUGAUACGGUAGGUAUAUGCAUCCGUAUCUACUCGGUUAUAUAAAGAUUGGUAUCUCUUCGUUUCCCCCCUUAUCCUUAACGGAAAGUCAGUUCAAUUCUUCCAGAUGAGAUACCAACAUCUAUCAUAUACGCAUACUUUUCGUCUGUCAACAUGGCUACCAAGACACGCAAGAUUCCCCAAAACCAUUGGGAUCGUCAUAAAGAGACAAUCCUAAACCUUUUUCUGACUUCCGAUCUCUCCGUUGACGAAUUGGCCCAAACCAUGGAUAGGGAUCAUGGGUUCUUUGCCACUGUUUCACAAUAUGAGGCUCAAUUCAGAGCCUGGAAUGCUCGCAAGAACCUGAAAGUCCACGAAUGGGAGGGGAUCUUCGAAAUAAUCGACCGCCUUUCAUCUCAGGAUAUACAAUCUAGAGUUGUCAUUUCAGGCCACCCCGUGGCAAUGAAUAGAAUUCACCGGGCAAGACGCCACUGCAAUAGAGAAACUCGCCUUAGAAAGCGUCGCAGAGUGGAAACGGACCUGUCUAACGUAUCAGAUGUCCACAAGACCAGUGAUGCCUUUAUCGAAGUUCAAAAUUCAAGCGGUGAAUGGCGUCAAUAUACAAGUUCAACACACAAUACCAGUUCUGAUAGAGUAGUUGAGCCAGUCGCCCAAGAGCUGAUCGUCGACCAUGAGGUCAAUCAAGCUAGGCCCGUAUAUGAUAACGACCUAGACCACCAGCAUCCCCAGAACUUACCAGGUGGUUCUCCAUGGUCAUUCUCGUUCCAUACUCCUGAGUUUAUAUCUAACGAGGGCGAGAAUCCUGCAUAUCCCACGGAUCCUUCAAUCAGCGGUCCCGAACCUCAGGUCGCGCAGGCCUUAAUUCAGUAUGAAUUCAAUGAAGACAUCAUAUCUCCAGGUGUUGAGAUGGUAACCUCUCCCUGGCGGCUAGAUUCCCUAGGACAGUUUUCUCUCGGGACACUAUGCAUAAACGACUUGCCGUUUGAGCGGUUCGAACGGGGCUCGGCAUUAGAACGCCUUAUUCCAGCUUUGCACCCAUCUCCAUGGCAAGACUCUGCGCUAUUAUCCGGAAUCCAGACUUUAGUGACGAAAUUUGUUGUUGAAGUUGCCACUGCUAUGUCAGAAACCAACGAGAAGCCCCCUACGCAAAACGUUAACAAAGUAUGGUUUACCUUAGAAAGGUUAAAAUCUAUUCUACCCAGAACUCGACAGGGAUCAGGACAUAGCAGCUUGGCUCGGCCGUCGCAUGAGAUGUUCGAUGUUGAACUACAUCGGAUUCUUUUAUUCUCAAUUUCUAAUGGAUUUGCUGGUCUAGAUGAAAUACCCCUCAAACUAGUAUUCAGGUUUCUAGAUCAACAUAGCAACGUCAGUUCCUUAUUAUCGCGCUGGUUCCAAGGUAUCCCAAAUCAUUUUGCAAAAGGCCUCGCAGAAAAGCUGUUUCAAGUGGCAAUAGAAGCGGGAAACCACCAAGCAACUAGAUUCUUCCUCCAAAAGGGUUUGGCAGAUGUCGAUAAUACAUUCUGCUUCGUUGAUGGCCAGAAGUAUACACCUCUAGAGCGUGCCUCUAAGCUCGGAGAGCUGAAAGUGAUUCACGAAUUACUCCGGUUUAAGCCAGAUGUUAACCAGACAUUCUUCAACAUAUAUGACAAAGAUGACUUCGACUGCGGGCGAGCUCUAGGAUGUUUGAUAUAUGAACCGAAAUACAUGAUACUGGGCCCAGGUGGAUGCUUUAUCGAGCACAGGAACGACCGUGUAUUUCUUCCUGAGUAUAUGGAAACCGUGGACGCUUUAAUAGACGCUGGAAUAAAGGUAUCUCCUUUUUUGGUCCACAUCUCCCUUGAGAGGUACGUCAAAAUGGAUCUUGCUAAGAAGCUUAUAUCUAAACUCAUACCAUCUGAUUAUUCAGAGGUUAUUUCCAGAGGCAUCCUGUCUAUUAUCAUCCGGAAGAUUCCAGCUGGGGAUGCCUUAGAAACUGUUUCAAAUAUUAUAUCCAGUUACGAAGAAACUAGGUAUAAGAAGUGUCUAAGUCACCAAGAUGAGGUGAAUUGGGCAAUCAUGACUGCCGCCAAGCAAGGCAACUUCCAACUUGUUCAACAGUUUUUCCAACAUGCCAAGUCUUCAACCCAGAUCCUAAGUGCAGCAAUUAGAGGAGGUAACCAAGAACUUAUCGAGUUCAUCCUGGCUCAAAAGCCCGCUAUCCGCCAGACACCUGCUGAACUAAUUAAAAAACCGGACGAUUUGAACGACCCUUGCUUUUCGGAUUAUACAACACCACUGGCCGAAGCAAUAGACGGAGGGGAUGAGCUACUUGUAAAACGUCUUGAAAAUGAAGGUGCUCUUGAACACCUUGACAAUGUGAUCGCCAGCUAUACUGAUAUACCUUCGCGGCUCGAUACCGCGAUUUGCGCUGCAUCCAAAGUAGGAAAUAUCGCGUAUAUCAGAAAAUUACUACGCAUCACUACUAAUAUCAACGAAGAAGCUGCCAUCAAUGCGCUAUCAGAGGCAGCGAAAAAUAGACGAGAAGAUAUAAUUCGACUCUUACUCGACUCGGGAGUUUAUAUCAAGAAUGACGGCUCAUUCGCAUACUUUAAGUUCAUGGCCGAAUUAUAUAAGUGGAAUAUGCCGCUCCUAUUCGAUGUAAUAUUAACUUUCCCAAGCUUUCGAUCAACUUACAGCCAUGCAAAACUUGAUCAAGGAUCAGAAUUCCUGGAGAUAUUGGAUUUCCUUUUCCAGCACAACCUAAUACCUAGCUUUGAUUUAAUGGAUGGCCUUUGCCUAGCAGUCUCGCAGUCUCGCAACUCAAUACUUCGCCAUAUUCCCAGGUUAGGAUUAAAUAUAACCAAUCCUAGCGCAUUAUUGGAUGCCGCAAAAGGACAGCCAAUUAUGCUACGAACACUUUUGGCAUAUGUCCCAUCCACCCAAGAAGGUAUCCUUGGGUUUGGAACAAGUUGUGUUGUGGAUGCAAUUCGGCGCAGUGAUCUAGAAUCAUUAGAUAUUCUUCUUGCCUGCAAAGCUAUCGAUUUCAAACAAGCACUUUUCCACGACCAUACUCCCCUAGCAGUGGCUAUCGAAGCCGAUGCAGCAAGCUGUUGCUCCCAAUUUACAUUUACGGCAAGACUCCUCGACGCAGGUUGUGACCCCAACGAACUCGUAGCUAGUUAUUUCAUCCGGUCUGAGAGGUCAUUCAACAUCACACCACUUAUUAGAGCAAUUAAGGCAGGGAAUAAGAAUUUAGUACAAUUUCUUUUAGAUCGCGGCGCUGAUGUUAACAAAGCAGCUACCCAUGGGGUGAAACAGACCCCAUUGCAGGCUGCAGCAAAAUGUGCAGAUCUUGACAUGACUGAGUUAUUGCUUCGGAAUGGCGCAGAUGUCAACGGGAAGCCCUCAACAUGUGGUGGUGGUACGGCUCUACAGUUCGCAGCCAUAAGCGGAAACUGCAAUAUUGCUGCACUUCUUAUUGAUCGGGGUGCCAAUAUGUGUGAUGCUCCGUCCACCUUCGACGGACGAUGGCCUCUGGAGGGCGCCGCCGAGCACGGCCGGAUAGAUAUGAUCCAGUUCCUCUGGAACGUCAGUCUUGGUGGCUUUCCUAUCGAGCAAUGUCGCAAGGCAAUAGACCUCGCAGAGAAGAACGGGCAUAGAGCGUGUAGGGACUUGGUUCGGGAAUUGGCAGCUUCGAGUGGAAUCAUGCUGACACUUGAGAAUUAAGGGUAAGGUUAGGUUGUUAUUUUUUUUUCUUACUUACAACUUUUGAAACUAUGAGAUAAGGAGAGUUUAGAGUCAUAUAGGUUCUUAUAUUUAGUUUUCAGACUAGAAAAUACUACUGUUAAAGGAGAGGCUUAACCUAAGAAGAAAGUAAUGGCGAGUGAUAUGAUGCC